AUGGCCGACUUUGACCGCUUCUUCAAAAUCUCGGUUGUUCGUAGUGAGUUCGAGGCCCAACAGAAGAAAAUAUACGAUGAAGAUACUCGCAUAAGGACGCUCAAACGGAUAAUAGAUACGCACCAGCUCGAUCAGUCGCGCCGAUUCGGCAAGAUGAGGCUAGUGCGACGCUCAUCAGAAUGGGACUUGACCCUCAUGGAGGAUGCGCGUGAGCACCUUUUCUUACCUUUCAUGGAGAGCAUCCUGAGAGAGCUUAAUGAAAGGUUCAACUUUUACAGCUAUGCGGUGUAUGAUGGGGCUUGCUGCUUCAACCCCACACACUCCUAUUUCCUUGACGCGACCAAGACCCGGGAGUUCGGCAGACUUUAUAGCUGCAAUCUUGAAGAGCUCGCGAGUGAAGUUGUGGUCGCAUCGCGAGCAUUUGAGCGACGCCAAAAAGAGCUCAAAGAUGAUG